UUGAGCGCUGCACCAACGCACGAGGGCAGUGCCGCGUUUCCUUACGGUUAGACUCGUAUAUUGACUCGAAAGUGUGACGUUUCGGGAAAAAAGUUUUCCGCGGUUGUACCCAGUCAUUAAGAUAAUCGUUGAGAUGGCUGCGAGGUUGAAGCAUCGAUGAUUCCCCUCGAGGCUUACGUGACGUGUGAAUAUAAUAAUAAUAAUAAUAAUAAUAAUAAUAAUGAAUAAAUCUAUUAUACGCGAACUCGAAAUCGUUACUUGGUGAAUCAACGAGCUAGAUAGUCUGUUGAAGUGUCAAUGAUCGAAGUUCUGUUUCAACGCGACUUGACCCUACAUCAAGAACUGUGAAUGUUUUAGUGAUUGAUAGUCGUUGUCAAUAAUCGUGGACAUUUCAUGCCGGUUGAUUAGGUGGGACGACUAUAUACGAGCUUAUAUACGAGCAAGUGUUGAAUACUCAGUAGUGACAUAGAGAUCUGGCGAAAGGUAAAUUACAUCCGCUGAACAAACAGUGCUAGGUUAAUCGACGUGUCAGUGGUGAAUUCCCGCAUACUUCACAUGACGGUGACCACGGAUGCAGAUCCGUCGAUCGAUUAACGGUGUUAAGUCUCGUAAAGUAUCCCUCGCGAGAUAAAGGAAUAAACGAAAUAUCGCUCGAGGCUCCGAAGAUCGGAGGGUGGGAUGUGCAGCACUGAGAUGACGGAGACGUGCACCAUGUCACCAUCGACGAUGACCUCGAGUGGACGUAAAUCUGGAUGUCUAAGCUCCCCCGCGCACCGAAGAAGUCCGUCCCGGAGUCCCCCGAGGAGGGUCGAGGUCCAGGACGACGAUGACGAGAUCUCGGUCGGGUGUCCGAGUCCGUUGCCCCUCGUUGUCGUCGCUCCGAACGAGGACGAGGAGCGGUACAGCACCUCGAGGGAGGACUACAGCGAGCGACUGAGCCCCAGGAGUUACCAGGACGAGAUCGAGGACGACGAGAGAUACUCGAGGGACGCGGAUUACAGGAUGUCGACAAAAGCGAGGCUCUCCGAAAGUCGCGUCCUCGAACGGGACGUCACGACGCUCAGGGAUAACGACCGGAUCGUUGCUCCGACGACGGGAGGACCCGACGACUACUUCAAGCCUCUGAAGAAGCUGAAGAUGGUCCAGAUUCAGCAAUCCGAUGAGGAGGACGAACGGGAACGGGACGCCAGUGAACGCGGGGUCAAGUCCUUCAGCAUCCUGGACAUCCUGUCGCAUCGACCUAAGGCGAAAAUCGUCAGACCGUGGGACACGGUCGAGUCGAAUCACUCCCACCUCAGCCACCAUCACCACCAUCAUCACUCAGGAGCCAGAGAUCUCUCUCUCGUCGGCAUGUCCCUCGCAUCGAUGUCCGGAUCCAUGAGUGAACCUCCGCUCAGCAGUUCCUCGUCAUCCGGCAGGAGCUCCGUUUCAGACUCUGGAAGUCCGGAUCCUCUCACCCACCACCAUCACGCCCUCCACCACGGCAUGCAUCCUGGGCUUCACCACCACAUGCAACAGUUUAAGAGGAAAAUUCCACAGCAGCACAACUCCCAGGGUGGUCAGAACAGCAAACGGAGUCCCGGUCAAGGGAGUCCUUUGGACGCCCUGUUUCAGAUGACGAGCAAAACUUUCGACGCCGGCGAGCACAGUCAAGAGCAAGCGAAUCACUUGAACCUGUUCAACAACCGUCAGCAGCCUAAAAAGAAACGAAAGUCUCGAACCGCGUUCACGAAUCAGCAGAUAUUCGAAUUGGAGAAGAGAUUUUUGUACCAGAAGUACUUGAGCCCAGCCGACAGAGACGAGAUCGCGGCUCAGCUCGGUCUCAGCAAUGCUCAGGUGAUCACCUGGUUCCAGAACAGAAGGGCAAAGCUUAAGCGCGAUAUGGAGGAACUCAAGAAGGACGUGCAAACGGUGAACCCGCUCCUGGUCGCCCAGCAUCACAAGACAUUCUUAGAAAACGUCCAAGACUUGGGUAUCCUGAAGAAGAGGCCGCUGCCAAACUCGAUGGACGACAAGUCUUAAGAAGUUGUAAAUUUCCCGCAUAACGUCGCGAUGGUAUUUGAAACAGAUAUUAAACGGCUU